UUGGAGAUAUUCGGGUAUUUUUCUCCCUGUGUAUAAUAAUUGUAACGCGUCUGUGCGCCUCUGCAACCCCGGCUUCUCGUCAUCGAGGGCGGCUGCAGCGAAGAGGGGCUUCAUCAGUGUCACGAAUCCGGUUUUCCCCAACCCUUUGCCGGCAGAGAGGGUGGGGAGGACCGGGGACAGGGUCAGUGGAAGAUUUCCUACAGCUCGGCUGGACUCUUGAGGACGCACAAGCCACUGUAUCCAAAAACCUCUGGAUUUUAUCUACUGAAGUAGGCCGUAUCCCGAUCAAUUUGCAUAAUAGCGGAACAUAAAGGCAUGCGCUCUGGUCUUGUGCCCAUUGUCGCUGGAUGGGUUCAUAUUGGCCGCUGGAGCCUGCCUCCCUCAAAACAUGUCACCACCCUGCUCCCACGGCUAACAAUCAGGGCCUAUUUUCAGUCCUGAAGCGGUCUAGUCUGGUCUUCACUUGGGAAAAUAUCUCUGGCUUUGAUAUGUGCACAAGAGACAAGCCAAUGUGAGCUCAGCUGCCGUUCAGCUCUGUCGAUUGACUUGGCAACUGUCCGCUGCACCACUCAGAUUGUCCUCUCCAUCCAGUCACAUUUGUGUUCAGAGAGUCUGCCUACCAUCAGUCAGUUUUCUCCUGUGUUGGUGUAGUCUGAUGGAUCAGUAUGUCUACCACUAAUAAUAUCGCCCAGGCCAGGAAACUGGUGGAACAGCUGAGGAUUGAGGCAGGGAUUGAACGCAUUAAGGUGUCUAAAGCAGCAGCAGACCUGAUGAGUUACUGUGAGCAGCAUGCUCGUAGCGACCCUCUGCUGGUCGGGGUUCCCACCUCCGAAAACCCUUUCAAGGACAAGAAACCCUGCAUCAUCCUAUAGCUGCGCUACGCUCCUCCUGCCCUCACACUCACACACACAUACACAGACAGACACACACUCACACAUUCAGUACUUAAAUUGAUCCCCAGACUUCCCCAGACACACACAUGCAGACACACACUUCAAGCAGCCCAUCUAGCAUACAUACACUCAUAGAAACACACACACACACACACUCCCAAAAUAGCCACUCUGGAAAAGCGCCAUACCCCAGAGCCACAGCUAGGGGGCAGGUAUCUUGUGCUCACAGUGGCUGAGAUCAGUAUAUCACUGAGUAUGAUCCAAGGUGCUUUGGUAAUAUUCACAUAUGCUGGUAAAUUAACUACAAGUGUCAGCUUAACUUGAAAAGGGAUUUGGACAUUAAUAAUUAGUAGGAAACCAGGAUUUCGUUUUUCUUUUGUCAUGAAAUGAGGGGCUGGGUAAAGGAUGGACAGCAGUGCCAUAGGCAAGGAGCGGGAGGAUGCAUGUGGGCAACUGAAAUGGUCGGUAGGCGCUCCUGCCAAUCGUGCCAAACACGACCUAGUGUCCCAUUAAAAGCUGAAUAAAUGCUUUUUAUUUGAGGCAGUUAAAAAAAGGUCUGAGAGCUUUUGCCCUUGAACCUGCCCAUGCUAGAUCAUGGCAGGUCAUUUUGGAGUGUGUGGCUGAAGCCUUUGCCUUUUAUCGGGCUAGCAUGUUCCAACCCAAACCUGUACCAACAGACCUUCUCUGCCUGUGGCCUCACUAAGGCUGUUUGCAGCCUUUGGCCAAACCUCCAUCUGUGCCAUCAUGUACAGAAAGCCGUCUCUAGAUGCUGAUCUGCCGUCACAGAUUCAACUGCAGUUCAUUACGGCUGCUCUUGGUUGAAGUCGAUGUCUAAGAUGACCUCAGAUCUGCACCUAUGAGGGGAACAUAGUGAACUGCUCUACACAGAACUCAAGCUAUAAACCCUGGACGUUUACUGCAUUUUUCUUAAGAAAUACUUGUUUGUGAACUCAAUGUAUGUUUUGAUAUUUUGUUGAAGCAUUACUAAGAUAAUACUGUACGUCUUUUUUUCUAUUUUUUUGAUCGUUUUGCUUUGACAUAGGUGUUGCCCCUGGCUGAUCAGGUUUCUCUCUGAUGAAACUACAGGCGAUCUGGUCGUAGGCCAGGGGUUAUACCUGACUAGAUACCCGCGAGGAUCUUAAACAAACGUUUCUGUACAUCAAACCUCCCUGUGCUUUAAACCUGAGAGAGGGCGAGGUCGCAGACUGACAACACCACAUCAGUCUGUGAGGACUGCAAAGCUGGAGGAGAAAACCCAAACUUAAAAUGUAAAAGUGAAGCUGUCCCUUUCCUGCCUUCUCUACUUAUGUUUGAUUCUUUCAAUUGGUAGUUUUUAUAAGCUUAAGGAAAAGAAGAGAGAUGCAUUGGAAAGUGCAAAGAUGGAGGUGUUUUUUUUUUGGAUGCCUCUACAGUCGAGAAGCAGGGGUGCGUCUUGUUUUAAUGCAAAAUAAUUCUGGCUUUAAAUCCGAUUAGAAUAAGCAUGACCUGGCCUUACCAGUCUUUAAAGUUUCCAGUGUCCCCAUUAGACAAGCCUUCUUUCCGCGUGAGCUCAAACUGGUCAGGGACUGGAUCGGUAAGAGCAAGCAGCCCCCUCUUGGUUUCCUCCUCUCCUCCACAAUGCUCCUCCUCUAUGACAAACCAAACUUGAUUGUAAAAACUGAAGACGACGUGAGAAAGAAAAAAAAAAUGAAGUCAAGAGAAACAAACCAAGUGUAUAAACUUUCUUUCAGACAUGUGCAGAAGUGAUAAGUUGAAGAGUAGCUGUUUUGGGUUUAUUUUUGAGUUUUUUCUUUCUAUGGAGUCCAUGGAACCUGGUCAGUUGAGUAUUACCCUGUACAGUGUUUGUAAGAUACAAAAUCUAAACACAGAAUCCCCCUCUGUGGAUGUUGGAUUUUUUUAGUACUACUUAUUCUGUUCUGUCAGUCAGAAUCAUGUCUGUCUUCAUUUUUUAUUUUUAUUUUUUUGUCAUUCAGGUUUUAGAGGCCUGCGAUAGCGGAGGAUGGUUUUAACCACAUACAAAUACAAACGCCUGAUGAGGAUAUAUUGGAAUAAUGUUGAGAUAGAAUCAAACGCCCUGUUAGGUUUAGGAUCAUAUCCCGCUAGAGGAUGAAUCAACAUCGGACCUCAUUCCAGUGGCAAAAACCAACCUCCUGAUCUAUCCUUUAACACCAGACAAGCCCACAAGUUUUUCAAGUGUUGGUUUUGGUGGGCAACAGGCAACUAGGACAACACACACAUGCACAUUACACACGCUCCCUCUUUGCAGUUGCUUUUUAGGUUUGAUUGUCAAAGGUUAAAGGAGUGGUAGGCUCAGCAUUGAGCGCUGCUUUUGACGGUUAAUUGCUGAAAGAAGGGAGCUUUGUGCCAUCAUAUUUACAUUUGGGCAUUUAGCUGAGGCUUUUGUCAGGUGUAACAUACAGUGACAGAGCAGGGUGGAGACAUUUAGAAAGGACUUAUGGCUGCUGACGGACAGUGAGGGGAGUUGAACCUGCGCCUUUUCUGUUCUCUAAUCACUAGGUCAAUAUGAGCUACCUGCUAUUUGGGAGUCAGGAGUUUUUUGUCAGAGGUGAUGAGAGGUGCGUUUGCCUCUUGAUGAACAAGGUUUGAAAAGCAGAAAGUCUGUUGGAGACAACUUGCAAAAAAUGUUUUGUGUCUGUAACGUAAAUAUGAAGCUUCAGCCAGCAGCCAGUUAGCUUAGCUUAGCAUAAUGACUGGAAACAAAGGUAUCCUAAAUCCUAAUAAACGUGUGUAAAACGUGUAAAAAGUUUUACACGGGGCUGAGCUUAAAAGGUGUUGACUGGCUGUUUUUUUUUUUUAGUUUUGUAUGGUUUUGGAUAGUUUCCACCUGUCUUAAUUCUAGGCUAAGAUAACCUGGCUGCUGGCUUUACUUUCAUAUUUAAUGGAAAGACACGAGAGUGAUAUCAAUCUUUUUAUCUAACUCUCAGCAAAAAAGCAAAUAAGCAUAAUUCCUAAAAUGUGCAAACUAUUUAAAAAAAUAAUAAUAAUAAUAAUUAACAAUUCAAAUCAGGGUUAAAUUUCUAAUUAACAUUGCUGCUAGUUCACCGUAGGCAAGGGUUUCUGAUACAAAGCCCUGCUUCAUCAUUUAUUUGCCUUUUGUUCCUAACAGAGGGAGCAGGCCGUUCCCAAAGUACAUUGAGAGCAGGAGCUGGAAAAACGCCAUCGACAGGACCGAGGGUGUGCAUGUGCGUGCAUGCGGUGUGUGUGGGGGUGUCGGGUGCUAAUGUUUGGUAGCUAAAAAGGAUGAUUUGACAGAGCAGUAGGCGGAGAAGAGAAAACAGAGGUGCACGCAUUUGUGUGUGUGGUCUGUGUGUGUGCGUAUUUGUGAGAGCCAGUGUGUAAGAACACACAGUGCCUCUAGUGCAGUGCAGAGUGUCACAUAGUAAUGUUACAGUACUGCAGCCCUGCAAUUCCAGGUCAGGGUUAAUUUGACCGAAGAAGAGGUCAUGUGACGUCAUGUUGAGUCAGAACAGCAUGUAUGGCCUCCACUCACUCUUUCUAUCAGUCAAAGGUUAGUUAGCUCAUUCCAGAGAGGAGGAUUCAGUCCCGAGCUAAAAUUGUUCAGUUGGAGUGUGGGAAGCUAUUUUGGAUUAUGAUGGCCAAUAGUAACCCCAAUAAUAGUCAUAAAGCUGACAAAUUCAGUUCUUGGAAGAAGACUCAGCUUUUUCAGCUACAUUAUAUUAACUGCAGUUUAUUGUCACCACUCAUUUUAUCCUUAGCGACCUAAAGUCAUGUCAAACUAUACAUGUUGGGAAAUAUGCUUAUUUGCAGAGAGUGAGAUGAGAGGAUCAAUACCACUCUCAUUUCUGCCCGUUAAAUAUGAAGCUAAAGCCAGCAGCUGAGUAGCAUUCAGCUCACGCUCCACAACAUCACUCCACCAGGCCAAGAAAUAGUUCAGUUUAUAAACCCCUGUUUACACUCUGGUUCUUGUACAGGUUAAACAAACUAGAUAUACUGUAUUAAUCAGUGACCUUUAGAGUUGCUGGAGAACUUUUGUCACCUCAGAGAGCCUGACGUCUCAUCUGAACUAACCUCUCUUCCAUCGCCUGUUACUCAGUGCAAUCUCCUAUUCAGCAUUUCUUGCAUCAACUACAGCAAUUGCUAUAAGAAAUGGAAAUCCUUGUGAUCUCAGCAAGAUUGAACAAUAAUAACUUUGUGAGUGCAGAAAACACUAUAGGCAGUACAAGCACGGCAGCAGCAGCACUUAUGUCAUUGCAACUUGAUUUUUUUCCAUGCCCACAGUAAUUUAUCCAACUUCAUAGUUGUAAUCUUGCCUGUCUAUAAAACCUUUGCAGUGUUACGUACUCUCUGUCCUGCUGUUGGUACAGACAUGUGCUAGCAUGAGCUAACCACAAUAUGCUCAUGGACUCGGCUAUUCAGUCAAACCCUGACAUUUAGCCUGCAUUUGCAUAGGGUUUAUGGGAAAUUGUGCUUGAGCCACACAACAUAACGUUGAGAAAAGCUCUGUUAGCUUUGUUACAAAUGUCAAUGGGAUUUUGAAUGAGGCAUUUCACUUCAGCUCUCUUUAGCAUUGCUAUAGCCUAGUUCUCUGUACAGAGCCAGGCUAUAAGUUCCCCCCUGUUUCUAGUCUUUAUGCUAAGCUAAGCUAACCAGCCCCUGGCUGCUAGCUUCAUAUUUAGCAAACAGACUUGAAAGUGGUUUUGAUAUUCUCAUCAAACUCUCUGCAAUUGAUCCAUUAAGAAAUAAUGCAAAAUGUCAAAUGCCUUUAUCUAAUCUGUAGAAAUAAUGGAAGAGAUGGUUAGACCUGAUUUAUGUGAUAUGAAAAGUGAAUUUUCAUCAAAAUAAAAGGAACAAGCUAAAUAAAUAUGAUAACUAUACAAACAAACCUGACUGAAAACUCCAGUGGGAGGUAGAAAGUAACUCAGAAUUACUGAUUUGGGAUAAGUUCGUAGUGCAAGAUUGGGGAAAUAACUGAUUCAUUGUUUGGGAGAGAAAUGGCAGUUCCUUAUUUGCAAGGUGCAGCAGAAGAUUCACACAGCAUAAAAUAAGCAUGCAUACAUAUCAGCACACACACAUACACACACUGAUGUUGUCCUGGAGAUAUUUUUUUACCAUCAUUGUUUUUUCAAUCAUUCCAUUGCUGGUUGGGCUUAAAAUCAGAUACAGCCGGCCUAAAUCGCCGGUUUGGCUGACAGUUUGUCUGAUUGGUUGGUUGUUAGUUUGCCUUAUAGUGGCGUAUAUUGUGUUAAUGCUGGUCUUGGGGUUAUCAGAUCAACAGAAUGAACAGUGUUAAAGUGGAACACAUGGCUCGAGAUGGGAAUCCACUGUGUUGUGACACAAAGCGAGCCCGGUGAAAUUAAUUUCUAGUCAAGUGGGGAGAGUUGAGGCUCCUCACUGCUGGACUUUGAAAUUUAAACAUCACUGAAUCAGCUCUGAGCCCUUCCCGAGACUCAUCUUUUGUGUUCUGAUCUCCUGUGUAUGCAUACAGUAUAUGUAUCUUUUUGCCUUGAUUGAUUAUGAAGAAAAUAUAUCUAUUUUUUGUAACUGUUCUCUGAUGUGCCAUAACUCAUGUUUUCUUGCACACUGUUAAUAUUUUGUGGAUAUUGCUGUUAAAAAGAUGAUAUUGAGAAGUAGAUAACAUUAAUAAAAAGAUGAUAUAAUAACAAA